GCUCUUCUGACUCUACCGACUGUCCCUGUAAGAUCUUCAGAUGGGGGACAGUGUGCAACAGCACCGCUCAGACACCUUCGUGCCUCUUCAAGAAGGACCAGGUGCUGAUACUGGAACUCCCAACCAUGUCCCAAAUGAUCGGCCCUGUGUUGGCCAACAUGCCGAGCGUCCGCCGAUUCCGCAUUGUGUCCAAUUCUCUCACUGCAAUCAGAUCGUCUGCCUUCGCCAGCGACCCACUGUCGGAAAUGGACCAGCUCACACUGGACGUGCCAAACGUGACGACCUUGGAGCCCCGAGUAUUCCGACUGCUGCCCAGACUCAGGCGCCUGCGCAUGUUGAGUGCCAUCCAGAGCCUGGACGAGGAAGAGUUCGAACUGUGCCCAGACCUCAGAGAAGUGCUCUUCCACGCCAAGCUCCAGAAGAUACAGCCUGGAACGUUCAGGCACAACAAGGCGCUUUCCUACCUCGAUCUCGUCGGCAACAACUUGACCCACUUACCAGAUGGUCUAAUCGCUGGCAACCCACUGUUGGAAACCUUGUCCCUCACUGAGAAUGGCAUACGUACCAUCUCUGCUGGGGCGUUCAGAAACGCUUCGAAACUCCAGCAGCUAAUUCUGUCCCGGAACAACUUGCGGAGUCUAGAGGAGGGAGUGUUGGACGAUGCGAAGCUGCUCACUUAUUUUCACGCUGCAGCGAACAAAAUCACGUCUCUGCCCCCGACAAUUUUUGCCAAAACAAUGUUGCUGAUAGAAAUCCAUCUACAUCUGAACAACCUGACGACUCUACCGAAGGACAUAUUUGCACAUACCACCAAUCUCAAGGAGCUGAGACUGGGCGACAACCAGCUGAAGUUCCUGGAGCCAGAACUGUUCCGCCACAACCAGCGGUUAACCACGCUGGAGCUGAGUGGGAACGCCCUCGAGAGCCUCCCUGGAGAAGUGUUCUCUGGCCUGCAGAGCCUGCAGUACCUCUACCUGGCCGACAACCGGCUGGCCACAGCGCCCGCUGAGGUCUUCAAGCCGGUCGCUGGCCUGCUGCAGUUGUUCUUGUCGGGCAACCUCCUCCAGGAGCUGCCUGAAGAUGCGCUGGCAGCCUGCUCCCAGCUGGAGUCCCUCUUCGUGAACGACAACCAGCUCCAGAGGCUGCCUGGGCGACUAUUCACCAACAACACCAAGCUCUCGGCUGUCUCUCUCGAAGACAACAGCCUCAGGAGCUUGCCAUUCGAGCUGUUUACUGGGACACCAUCGCUGAAACAGAUGUGGCUGGGACAUAACCCUUGGGACUGCAGCAGCUGCGACGUUGCUGCGAUGUCUGCCUGGCUGACAUCACACGACAUCGACAUCGGUGAUGUCGUGCCGCAGUGCUCGGGGCCUGGGCCACAGGCUGGCAGAGAUAUCCGUCAGGUGACGGCAACUCACUGUCUCAAGGACAGUGGCCAGUUUCAUCGAAGGCGUCACGUCCCAGGCAUCAUAGUGGCAGCUAUCCUGGUAUGUAGUGUUGAGGUUCAUGGCACUUCUAAUAUGACCGACUGUCCAUGUGAGGUCUCCACAUCGGUGACAUCUUGCCAUAAUGCCUCUGAGGCACCUCCGUGCCUCCUCUCCAAGGCCGUCCUUUUCCUGAUACUGGAACUUCCAAACAUCACUCAACUGACUGCUCCUUUGCUGGUCAAUGUGCCAACCCUGCACAGCCUCCACAUUAAAUCCUCCUCAUUGACGACCGUCAGAUCAUCCGCCUUCGCCAACAACCGUCUACUGGAAGAACUCAAAAUGGAGGUACCUAACUUGACCAUCUUGGAGCCAGGCGUCUUCCAGUCGCUGUCCAAACUCAAGCACCUAAUGUUGGACGGUGCCAUCCAGAGGUUGGAUGAAGAUCAGUUCGUCCUGUGCCCAGACUUGAGGCAAGUGAGCAUUUGCGCCAGGAUGCAGGAGAUACAGCCUGGAACGUUCAGACACAAUAAGGCACUCAGCUUCCUGCGGCUCGUCAACAACCACCUGACACAGUUGCCAGAUGGUCUGCUCGCCGGCAACCCACAAGUGGAUUACGUGGACCUCACUCACAAUGGCAUACAGACCAUCUCUGCUGGAGCGUUCAGGAACGCUUCGAGCCUGCAACAGCUAUUUCUGUCUCGAAAUCAUCUGAAAACCCUAGAGGAGGGGACACUGGACGAUGCAGAGCUGCUCAUCGUUUUCCACGCUUCAGAGAACGAAAUCACAUACCUGCCCCCAUCAAUCUUCGCCAAAACUGUGUCGUUGAUAGAAAUCCAUUUAGAUUCGAACAGCCUGAUGUCUCUUCCAAAGGACAUAUUUGCAGCUACCACCAGGCUCAAGGUAUUGAGCCUGCGCUCCAACAGACUGGAGUCCCUGGAGCCAGAUCUGUUCCGGCACACCCGCCAGCUGACUAUGCUGGAGCUCAGUGGGAACGCCCUCAACACCCUCCCUGCAGACGUGUUCGCCGGACUGCAGAGCCUGCGCUACCUCUACCUGUCCGACAACCGGCUGGCCUCACUGCCGGCCGAUGUCUUCAGGCCGACCACUGCCCUGCUGCAGCUGGUGAUGUCAGGGAACCUUCUCCAGGAGAUGCCAGAGGUACUGCUGGGCGACUGCCCCCAGCUGGCAUUCUUCUUCGUGGACCACAACCGGCUCAAGAGCCUGCCCGGGCGACUCUUCACCAACAACACCCAGCUCCGGACUGUCUCGCUCGAAAACAACAGUCUUAGGAGCCUCCCAGCUGAGCUGUUUUCCGGAACACCAUCGCUGAACCUUCUGCUGUUGGGACGAAACCCGUGGAACUGCAGCAGCUGUGACGUCACCAUGAUGUCUGCCUGGAUAGCAUCACGACACAUCGACAUCGGUGAUGUCGUCCCACGCUGCUCAGGGCCCGGGCCACAAGCUGGCAGGGACAUACACCAGAUGCGGACCCCAGUCACCUUGCUGUGUCUGCUAACGCUCCCGCUGGUGGCAGCUAUAGGGGGCGUGAAGCUGAGGGCUCCAGAGGACGAAAAGUGCCCGUGUGAGCUGGAGGGGUCCACGGCCGACUGCUCCAACAAGUCGCUGGUGUCUGUUCCCCCAUGCCUGCUGCCUCAGACACCGACCCUGAGGAGCAAGAUGGCGCCACCACAGGCAGUCAUCACCGACCUCGACCUGUCAGCCAACCAGCUGCGACUGCUGCUUGAGCCAUGGCUCACCGGACUGCCCCAGCUGAUCCACAUGGACGUUUCCCACAACCGGCUCGUCGCACUGCCAUACGAUGCAUUCCGUGGCACACCCCAGUUGAGAUUCUUAGAUCUCAGCAACAACAACCUCACCACACUUGGACCUUUCCAGUUUGCACUCGUCCCCACGCUCUCAAUGCUGCGAGUGCGCUCCAACCAACUGGCCGAGAUCAGUGUCGACUGCUUCAGAUACAACAGUGCGCUUACGUCGUUGGACCUGGGAGACAACCAGCUGACACAUCUUCCAGAGGAGCUGUUCCAGACGACCAAGUCCCUGAGGGAGGUGCGACUGGACAGCAACAGGCUGCGCUCUCUCUGGCACCAGGCUUUCCAGCACACUCCAGAUCUGGAGAUGGUGGACCUCAGUGGGAACCGCAUAGGGGAGGUGGCAGCUGCUACUUUCUCCAGCACACCUCUGCUCAAGGACCUCAGCUUGGCUCACAACAGGCUAGGCUUCCUCUACAAUGACACCUUCAGGUGCCCUGAGCUACAGCGCCUCAACCUGGAAGGCAACCUGCUGCGCCAGGUAGGGGCUCCACUGGUUGCGGCCAACCCCAACCUGGAGGUGCUCGCCUUCGCCAACAACGAGCUCUCCAGGGUAGAAGAUGGCGCCUUCGUCACCAACUCCAGGCUCAGGGUCCUCACUCUAGGGCACAACAAGCUGGAGACACUCAACCCGUCCAUGUUUGGCAAAGACGCAGCACUGGAGGAGUUCCACGUGGAAGCCAACCAGCUGCCCUCAUUGCCAGGGCAGCUGAUGGGAAACCUCACAAAUCUCACCAUCCUAAACGUCAGCAACAACAGGAUGGAGACGCUUCCUGCAGGACUGCUUUCGAAGCUGUCGCGGCUGGAGACCUUGGUGGUGACUGGAAACCAGAUCUCGUCCCUGGAGUCCGGUUCAUUCGAGGGGCUCUCCAGGCUGCGCACCCUCAUGCUGGGCAGCAACGCCCUGAGCUUCCUACCUUACGACAUCUUCAACAGCUGCCAGAUGCUCGAGACGCUACUACUGGAGGGAAACCAGCUGAAUAACUUGGAUCCUGCUAUUUUCGAACGCACCAGCCAACUUCGGUACUUGGACCUGUCCCACAACCGCUUCUCACGGCUGGACUUUCGCGUGUUGGAGAAGCUGUCGAGCCUGAGGACGGUGGCGCUGGACGGAAACCCGUGGCAGUGCGACUGCCUCUUCGCCGACGUGCUGGGCAGGAUCCGCGACCGCCAGACCACGGUCGGACAGCGGCCCCUGCUGUGCCAGGCUCCAGAAGACUGGCGGGACAAGGCGGCCCAUGACGUCAUCACCAGGCUCUCCUGCGGGACCCCCAGGUCCUCCUGA